AUGCAUGACUCUGUGAAGCGAUCGGCCGCCGCAGGCCAGCGAGGGCGACAGUCUUCUGCGAAUAUGUUCGACUUCAACGACCCCUACAUGACUUCGUCUGACUCGGUGCAAGUCAAAGCAGAACCACAGGAAUAUGCGCAUCAGUCAACAUUCUCUUAUGAGAUGGCUCAUGGCCUCCCACUUACUCCAUCGGUUUCCGCGCACGGCUGGCAAGAUCAAUCCAUACCAGGCACAACGGCUUGCUACAAUACUACAGUGAGCGCACCGGACUACAGCGGAUUGACGUACUAUCAAAACCAACAAUACACAGAUCCUUCUAUGAUCGACCCGGUUUCGAUGCAAUACCCUGUUUACUCGAGUAGCGGACAGGUCCAAGCGCUUUAUUAUCAGUCCGGCUAUGAUGUCAAUCAGAAUCGCCACCCAGAAUAUGUACAGAUUCCUUCAAGGAGGUGGCCAAUGACACCUCAAUCUCACGUCGGCACACCUGAAAGAACACAUCAUCCCAGUCCUUCAGAAAACACAUGGCCCUCGCCUAUACUGUCGGGCGAAAACGCGGAGAGUAAGAGAAGAACAAUUGACAAGAACGUCAAUUCAGUUUCGAGGAGAGCGCAUCUCGAAUCCCUGGAGCGAUCACCAUCACAUGAAACUGAAUCAAUUACAAGCUCUGAGUCCAGUCAAGAAAUGUUCUAUUACGGAUCGGUCUCUCCUAGUGCUUUUACCACAGAGAUUGGAUCAAGUCGCAGAGAGAAAUCAGCUACUCGAGGUCAGGCUCAAGCUGAGUUGGACCCCGAACUACGUUGCCCGCUUUGUGAUAAGGUUUUUACGCGACGUUCCAACUGCCGAGAGCAUCUCAAACGCCAUAACCCAGUCAAUAGACAGGCACAUCCUUGCAGGAGCUGUGGGAAGACCUUUGGGCGGAAAACGGACUUGAAGCGGCAUUAUAUGACAAGGAUCCAUGACGGAGAGAAGAGGUUCACAUGUGACCUGUGUGGGCGACAAUAUAGUAGACUGGAUACUAUGCACAGACACCAAAAAGAUGGCUGUCCAGAGCGAAAGCCAAGAUCGAAAACGGGAAAACACGGAUCUUUGGUGCAUGCGGUUCAGUACGCUCAGCAAUUUCCUUCGUGA